ACUUUUCCUAGGGCAGCUCUAGGAGUGUGCUUUAUGGGUUGUAUGGGGCUCUGGCCCAUAGACAGUUCUUACAUAGGGACCACUAUUCCCCUAAAUGCCAACAUCCCCCAGAUCGUGGCUAGAGCUGCAUGUUGGGUCUUGGGAGGUCGUGGGCUCCUUACCCAGGAGAGGACAGUGAAUUGCUGCAUUUUGUACAAGCUGAGUGCAGUUCUUGGGCUUUGGACAAAGCCAGCACAGGUGUUAGGGUGUUCAUCUGUUGCAGCUGAUGAGCUCUUCCAGAUACCUGGACAUCUUCUGCCAGGAGGAGAGAUGGGGUGCUGAAGGACACAAGCUGUAGCAUUUAGAAGUACAGAUCUCUUGUCAUCUCAUUGCUAGCAGCUCAGCAUAAAUCCAGCCUAUUCAAGAGAGCAGCAAAGCCCACCCCAGACUGUCCAGAAAACAAAAUCAGAAUGCAGUACUUUCUCUGCGUAAAUAGCUAGCAAUUCCUGAGGAAAUGGGUCCCAGAUUUCCCUGUGAAUUGGGGCCUUAAGUUCUGACAUAGGGAGCUAUUCAUGGAGGAAAUUCUAAUUGAGUCAGGUUGUGCUUUUUCCACAAAUUGUUUACCAUCUGUCUGGGUCUUUACUGGAUUCCUAAAGGGACCUGUGUUGCACCCAGGUGCUGUGGUGGUUAGACAGAUUUAGGUGAGCACUCCUUGCAUGCAGAAGUCAAAUAGUAAAGAAAAAAAACAUGUCCGUGGUCCAUAAGAGGGACAGAUCAUAUGGUCACCAUCUGGGGCUCGGGGAUGGCUCUGUGCACUGAAAUAGCAAUUGCUGUGCCUUGCUGUGUUUCCACAACAGAAACCAAAGAUGGUGACAUGGAGGAAAUUAAUGCCAACUGCCCACUCAUUUCCUGAUUAUUUGUUAUACAUGCUCCAGUGGCUUUAAAACGAGAGACUGCAACAUACAGAAUCCAAAGUCUCAUCUCUGACAGGUAUGGAUUGAAGUGUGUGGAAUUAUGCUGGUGUAAUCCAGGUUAAAAGGAAGAAACAGGCCCUGUACUCUAUGCUGAAAUUCUCUCAUGAAACCUUUCCCAGAACUAUCAAAGAAUAUUAAAGUUCUUUGGGAGCAGGGACUGUCUCAUACCGUGUGUGAACAGUGUCCAACACAAUGGGGCUUGCUCUUGGCAGAGACCUCUAGGAGCAAGAGCAAUACAUGUAAUAACAUCUAACUACACCUUCAAGACAUAGUGUAGGGAAGUACAUUGUGUUAACUCAGUUGAGUGCCUGCCUAACCUGUGAUUUAGAGGUGCCCCUCCCUCAGCGUUCAAAGGAGGAAAUGAAAUCUUCCCCAGGGAAGAAGUAUUCUGACCUUUCAGCGGCAGGGUCUGCGUGUAUCAGCUCCAGAGGAGGAGCAGGAACUGGGACGCUUAGGAUCAGUUCCCCACUUUGGCUACCUGGCCUUUGGCAAGUCACUUAAUUACUCUGUUCUACAAUUGCUCAAUUGUCAUAAUUCUUCUUUUCUUUCCCAUAGCAGGGUGGGGAUGGACGGAAGGGAAGCAAAUUCUUCCUAUAUUUAUGAUUACAGAGUGCUUUGAGGUGCUCUGGUGAAAGGGCAAAGGGACAGUAAUAGAUCACAUUCAGCUCUGCUAGCUCGUUCCUAAGAGCAUUUAUUUAGAGACUGAGGCUUGCUCACUGGCCUUAGUGGUAACUCCUUCAGGAAACAAUUGCUUAAGGUAAUAUUUUCCAAAGCAUCCAAGUAAGUCUCCCAAAUCCCUUUGAAAGUAAAAGAGUCUCAGACAUUACAUUUCAAAAAUACUCCUGAGCACCCACAACAUUUGAAAACAUGUGCACUAGUAUUUCCCAUGUGAAGAAUCCGAAAUUACAGAGCCAGCGACUGACCCAAGGAACUUACCGCACAUAUCAGUAAAAUGCAGAAAAUGCACGUCCCAUAACUGAUGUGUCACUAAGCAGAAAAUAUUUCCCUUUAUUGUAAAGAUCAUAUCAAAACCCUCAGCAGACUUGCCUGAUUCACUGCCCAUGAAAUCUUGGUCUUUUCCUUUGAUCUUUCUUCAGAUACUACUUCAUGUAAAAUAAGGCAGACUCCCUUGGCUUGCCUCCAGUGGGGAGAGACUAAGAGGGUUUCUGUGCUUCUUGAGGCUAAUUAGCCACUUGCAGGACCCCAGAGAGGUGUAAUGCACUGUUUUUCUUCCCUCCAUCCAUUCCCAUAAAAGCCUGGAUCCUGGUCUUUCCUCCGACACUGUGAGUGGUAGGACUGACAGAAUUUCUAAUCUCCAAAUUAAAAUAAACUUCCAGCAAGGUCCGGUUCUAGUAAAGGAGCUGUACUAUUGAGCUAGAUAAGCGGUGGCUGAGGAGGUUUGUAGAUGCUUAGGUGUUAUCUGGUAUAGAGGUACAAAGGGUUAACUUCUUUCUUCCUCUCUUAAUUGCAGUCACUCCACAGGCUGCACGUGGACGUCUCAGGAAUGGAAGAGGGAAAAGCGCGGAAACUGUCUGUGGGAAAAGUUGCAUUCCAUACCCUGAACCUCCACGAUGCAAAGUUUUUUCUGUCUCCCUCCGAGUUAUUUUGCUGUCUUGCUGUAUAUCUAACUCCCAAGGAAAAGACCUUGCUGACUCAGCCUGAAUCCUUUUAUGUUGAGUCACCCUCUUCUGCUUCCAAAUUAAAAGGCCAAUAAUUGCCUGUGUACAAAGAUUUAGACAAUUGCUGCCUUAUACCCUCAGCGUAAGCCACAUGUGGAAUUCCUCCUCUUGUACGUGAAAAGAUGAGCUUAAGUGAGAUGGUAGUUGGAGACUAAGCUGUUGGAUAAGCUGCUCUGCCCUCCCCAAGUGGAACCAGGGCUCUAGAUAUCCGGGUCUGCCAGAGCAAGAUAAAUCUCGCUGGGGUGCUGCAUUCUGAAACAAAGACCACUCAUGCCAGAUCUCAGCUGCAGUUAACAGCAGGAAUGCAUCUAACAUCAGGCACAGGACAACCCGGUCCUCUCCUCUGUGAGCUCUCUGUGUCUCACAUCCUCUCCAACGGGUGCUUACCCCAUUUGCCAUUCUCAGCUCCAAGUGCCAGGGCUGCCCCCGCGCUGUGUUGUAGCCCCAAACAAAUCUGCUCCCACUAGCAGCAUCUGUGUCCCCCAGACAUGGAUGACUGAACAGUGCUUCCCCUUCCCAGGGCUCUGCCUGCCCUUCCCGUGGUCUCAAGCCUUCUGCUGUGAUCGCUUCUCGCUGCCAAAGCUUGGUUCCCAUUGCUUUUACUCUUGUCAGCCAAGAUUUAUUAUUCUCAAGGGACAUUAAUGCAGAACAUGAACCCCUUCUUCAUACAACCCCUUGACGUCUUUUUGCUGCUACCUUGCACUGGGGCAGGUGAUGCUGCCCUCUACAAUAUGAGGUGGGAGGAAGGAGAUGCUUAAGACAGUGAGCAAAGAAGAGUUACCUUCAGAAAGUCAGGGUGCAGCAAGCACCAGCUGUUCCCAAAGAGACUGGGGGCUGGAGGGGAUAAUGGGGCUGGCUGGGCAGGGGCCUCGCCAGCCAGGGGCCCUCUCCCACAGCCCCAGGUGAGGCAAGCAGGGCAGGCCUGGGAGCAGCAGCAGGCUUCAACAAGGAGCCCAGAUCAUCAGGGAUGUUUGUGGUGACAAGACAGCUCCAAGCCCAAGAGAGAAAGUCAAUCCACAGGUCAGGAUCAGGAACGGUAAGGGCAACCAGGGUCAGGCACCAUCCAACAAUCAGGCAGGUCUGUAGUGAGGAGGUAGACCUGAAGUCAAGCAAGGAAAUCAGUCUGUGGGUCGAGACUAACAAGAUUCAUGGCCAGGCACAGGCAUGGCAUGGGUGGGCUGAAGGCAGGUACUGCUAACAGCAGAGCUCAUGUGGGGACUGAAGAGCCAGGGCUGAGCUAACAUGGGGCUCCUGGGCCAUGGGCAGAGGACAGAGGUUCCAGGUGAGACUGGUUACAGCAUUAAGUCCGGUUAGUGCUCUCAGGAACCUUACAGCCAUAUGCUGUUCCUGUCUCUGCUUCUGAUUUCUUGGUGGUCUUGAACAAAUCCUCCCUGUGUUUUCCCAUCUUACCUGAGUUUCAACUGGAAGAAACACCAGUACUAUCUUCUUCUCUGAAGCUUCAAAUCAGUAGAAGGGAGCAGCGAACACAGCGUUAUUUUUCAGUAUACUUGAUAAAGAGGAUAAUAACCGUACCAGCUUCACCAACCCAUGGAGAGAACAGCUGAAGAGAGCAUGUGAAAUUGCUAUGAUGAAUAGCAGAAGAGGGGAAGGUUUCUUGCAGUGAGAGAGAUCUGAGCAGCACUUCAGGCCAGGAGACAAACUGAGAAAAACCUUUUUUGGAUGUAGCUAGGCUCCAAAAAAGGCAAAGAAGAAGAUAGAAGGUGGUUCCAAUGUAUUCUCUAUGUUUGAACAAACCCAGAUCCAGGAGUUCAAAGAGGCUUUUACCAUCAUGGAUCAGAACAGGGACGGCUUUAUUGACAAAGCAGACUUGAGAGACACAUUUGCUGCCCUAGGUCGUCUGAAUGUCAAGAAUGAAGAGCUAGAAGACAUGGUAAAGGAGGCGCCAGGUCCUAUUAACUUCACUGUCUUUCUUACUAUGUUUGGGGAAAAGCUGAAAGGCACGGACCCAGAAGAAACCAUUCUGAAUGCUUUUAAGAUUUUCGACCCAGAAGGAAAAGGCCACAUAAAGGCAGACUACAUCAAAGAAAUGCUUAUGACACAGGCAGACCGGUUCAGUCAAGAAGAGAUCAACCAGAUGUUUGCUGCUUUCCCUCCAGAUGUCUCUGGUAAUCUUGACUAUAAGAACCUCUGUUAUGUUAUCACCCAUGGUGAGGAGAAAGACUAAAAUGAAAGCUGAGCUCCUGCGAUGAUGCACCAAGUUAUUUCAUUAUACUUUUCUGUGCAAGACUAAGGGCUAAACAUUCAGUAUGUGAAGUCAUGUGGUCAUCAGAAGAGAACCAAUAAAACAAUUGAAAUUAGAUUAAAGUUAUUUAAUGCUCCUGUUUUUAUAAAAGACGAAAAUACCAAUUUUGUGAGUUUUUUCCCAUCCCUUUUUUUUUUUUGUG